CCGUGGUCGCUUCGGCAGCUCCUUCGCUCGUGGCCUAUCGCGCCGGUAUCCACUGAGGGUCGCAGAGAUAACGAUUUUGAAGGUUUUUUGCCCCAGUCGCGUCAGAAAUAAAAUCUCCAACGUGCCGGUCGUGUGAGUCUUCUGGAAUGUCGCUUCUCUUCGCCGCAACUCUUGCAUAAAACAACUCCCACCAAGUGGUCGUCUUCGAUCUUCUUGUUCAAUCUUCGACGCCAUGGGCAACUCCGAGUGGAUUGGCCGUGUCAACCGCACUGUGGCUCGUAGCCCAGUCGGUCGCUGGUUUCGCCUCGAGGGUUCGAAUCACCCCAAAGAGCGCAAAGGCUCUUACUUUUUCACCGAGAUCCGUGCCGGCCUCGCCACUUUCUUCGCGAUGGCCUAUAUUAUCUCCGUGAACGCGAACAUCACUAGCGAUACUGGAGGAACCUGUGUCUGCCCUCCAGAGGGCGUUUUCGACAACUGCAAUACCAACACCGAGUAUGCGAUUUGCAAGCAAGAAGUCAACCGUGAUAUCGUGACCGCGACUGCCGCUAUCGCCGCCAUCGCGACUUUCUUCCUUGGUCUUCUUGCCAACCUGCCUGUCGCCCUUGCGCCUGGAAUGGGUCUCAACGCAUACUUCGCCUACACUGUGGUUGGUCAUAACGGUGGCGGAUUGAUUCCUUACAGCACCGCGGUAACUGCAGUUUUCGUCGAGGGCUGGAUCUUCCUCGGUCUAACCCUCCUCGGUAUCCGUCAGUGGCUCGCUCGCGCGAUUCCGGCGUCCAUCAAGCUUGCUACUGGUGCCGGUAUUGGAUUGUACUUGACGUUGAUCGGUCUCAGCUACAGUGCUGGACUUGGUGUCAUUCAGGGCGCACAGGACACCCCCAUCCAGCUGGCAGGUUGCAUCCAGAGCUUGAUCGACGAGGCUGAGGAUGGUUUGUGCCCUAGCUAUGGCAAGAUGCGAAACCCAGCUAUGUGGAUUGGCAUCUUCUGCGGUGGCUUCUUCACCGUGUUCCUGAUGUUGUACCGCGUCAAGGGCGCAGUUAUUGCCGGUAUCCUCCUGGUUUCCAUCAUCUCUUGGCCGCGCACAACCGCCGUCACCUAUUUCCCGCACACUGCGGCUGGUGACGACAUGUUCGACUUCUUCAAGAAAGUGGUUACUUUCCACCCGAUCAAGCACACCCUUCUGGCUCAGGACUGGAAUAUUGGGAGCCACGGAGGACAGUUUGGUCUGGCCCUGAUCACAUUCCUGUAUGUCGAUAUUCUCGACGCUACAGGUACGCUGUAUUCCAUGGCCAAGUUCGCUGGUGCGAUGGACGAGCGCACUCAGGAUUUCGAAGGCAGCGCCAUGGCUUAUAUGGUCGACGCUAUCAGUAUCUCGAUUGGUUCUCUGUUUGGCUCCCCACCCGUCACGGCAUUCGUGGAAAGUGGUGCGGGUAUCUCUGAAGGCGGCAAGACUGGACUGACUUCCUGCGUGACCGGCCUUUGCUUCUUCAUCGCGGUCUUCUUCGCACCAAUUUUCGCCUCCAUCCCCCCAUGGGCGACUGGCAGCACACUUGUCAUCGUCGGCUCAAUGAUGAUGAACGCCACCCUCGAGAUCAACUGGCGGUAUCUCGGCGACGCCAUUCCGGCUUUCUUGACCAUCGCCAUGAUGCCUUUCACCUACAGUAUCGCCGAUGGCCUGAUUGCCGGUAUCCUCAGCUACAUCCUCAUCAACACUGGAGUGUGGGUGAUUGACAAGGCCAGCGGUGGCCGCAUCGUCCCUCCGAACCGCGACGAGGAUCACGACGCUUGGACCUGGAAGAUCCCUGGAGGAUUCUUCCCGCCUUGGCUCGUGCGUGUUGCCCACGGCAAGAAGGACUUCUGGCGCCCGGAAGCUGAGCAGGAUCUGGACUUUGGAGUGAUGCCGCAGGAGUCGAUCUCUUCUCAGGAUCGCGUUGCGGAGAAACUGCCGACGUCGCAGGAGAAGGUCGCUGAGCAGGAUUCGGGUAGACACUAGUUAGAGUUGGGCAUUGUAUAUAUUGGCUGAGUGUUAUCCGGAGGAUUUCAUAUCGUACCUUAUUUGUUAAGCGAGAGCUUGUAUUCUUUUUGGUUGGUUCCAAUAGCGCCAGUUGAAUUCAAUUCUGAAGAUUAUUUUUGUCGGAGCACGAUUCCGCCAAUCAACUUGCGCCAAGCG